AUGGCUCAAGAGGAGAAGGCGAUUGCUUCGCCCGAGGUCAUCGAAGCCUCGAAAGAUUACCCACACCCACCCGUCAAAGUGAAGUGGUAUCGUUCGACCUUCUACAAUGCAAUCAUCCUGGGCAUCUGCAAUUUCUGCGCACCCGGAAUAUGGGGUAUGUCUUAUCUGAGCCUCCUCCAUCGUUGAACGUGUUGCCUGACUUGUGAUAAAGGUGCAAUGAACUCUCUCGGUGGAGGCGGCCAGCAAGACCCCUGGCUCGUCAACGCAGCUAAUGCGCUGACCUUCUGUCUCAUGGUCGUGACCUGCGCACUAUCCGGACUCUUCGUCAAAUACCUAGGAAUCAAAUGGACCCUGGUCCUCGGCGCGGCUGGAUACUGUCCUUAUGCAGCAGGCCUGUACUGUAACAAUCGUUUCGGCAGCUCUUGGUUCGUCCUGUUUGGCGCCGCAUGCUGUGGGCUCGGCGCCGGUAUCUUUUGGAUGGCAGAGGCCGCCAUUGCAAUGUCGUAUCCCGAGCCGUGGAACCAGGGCAAGUUCUUGGGACUGUGGCUCAGCUUUCGGGUUGGCGGCCAGAUCCUUGGAGGAGCGGUCAAUCUUGGCCUCAAUGUGCAUCGUAACGAGGCUGGAUCAGUGUCAUAUUCUGUCUUCCAGGUAUUCGUCGCGCUGCAAGCAGCCGCGCCCUUUGCGGGAUUGCUCUUGACAGAACCAUCCAAAGUACAGCGAAAGGAUGGCGUGACUGUGUCUUGCGGUAUCCCCAAGGACGAGAGAUCGCUGAAGGAACUUGCGAAUACCGGAAAGCUCUUCGUAGGCAGAUCAUUCCUGCUGGUCAUCCCGUUGAUCGCUCAGGCUGUGUUCGCAGAAGCAGUCUUUUUCACCUUUCAAGGACUCUGGUUCUCGGUCCGCGCUAGAGCUCUUGGAUCCUUCCUCUCUGGAAUUGUCGCCAUCGCAGGUGGAAAUAUUCUAGGACUAUUCCUCGACAACAAGAAAUUAGCGGCUCGCCUCCGAAGCCGAUGGUCGUUCAUUGUAAUCAUGACAUUGCAAGGCGCAUGGUGGAUCUGGGGCACCAUCAUUGUCACGCAGUUUCGCAGGACUCAGCCCACAUACGACUGGGUCGAUGUUGGCUUCGGCAAGGGGUUCGCUUGGUUCCUGGUAAUGGUACUCGGCUUUCAACUCAAUUAUAUGUAUCUCUACUUCGUCAUGACCAGUCUGGCGAAAAAUGAGGCGGAGACCGUUCGGUAUGCGGCACUCCUCCGUGGUACAGAGAGUGCGGUACAGGCUGUGUCCUAUGGCUUGACGAGCGUCUCCGUCAUGGGUCAGGUGGGCGCUGUGUAUCUGAACUUUGGCUUAUGGGCUGUGGCCGUCGUUCCGGCGUGGUUCGUGAUCAGGGAGAUUGGCGUUACCAAAGGCAGAGUCAUCGACCAGAAGCCGGAUGUUCAUGUCGAGCGGGAUGUCCGUGUCGAGCCGAUAGAAGAAUAG